GAGAAGCGGCAGGUCAUGGGUACGCUCCGAGACCUUCAGUUCGCUUUGCAGUUGAAGAUCGAGGAGCUCCGGCAGAGGGACACACUGAUAGACGAGCUGGAGCUGGAGUUGGACACCAAGGACGAACUCAUUCGUAGACUUCAGGAAGAACUGGACCGCUACAGAGCGUCCGUGGUCCUGCCUGGUCCGUCUGUGGCCAACGCCGCCUGCUCUGCUCAAGGAGAUAAAGACUUGGGGCGAGCCAACAGGAAGUUGAUCAUGUCUGAGUCUGUCACUUCGGAUCUUACCAGCUUUCCUCCAAAGAUGUGCGACAAAAGCCAGGAAUGUCAAGAAGUGAUCCAGGCCGCCUUCUUGAAGAGUGACUUGUUGAAGAACCUGGACGAGGACGAAGCGAGAGCCGUGGCGGCCGUCAUGUACCUCGCUAUCGUCCAUCAUGGCUGCCGCGUCAUUCAGGAGGGAAGCGGCGGCUCUCAGGCGUACGUUUUGGAGGAAGGGAGGCUGGACGUGACAAAAGAUGGACACAAGCUGCUGACAAUCAAGCCUGGAGAAGUGUUUGGCGAGGUGGCACUCCUUUACGACUGCCCACAGGUGUACUCUGUCACGGCGCAGUUGGAGUGCAAACUUUGGGUUAUUGAUCGUAGAUGUUACCACACCCUUAUGAUGCAGCGCAGCCAGGAGAGACUCACUCGAAGAUCGCAGCUGAUUGGCAGUGUUCCUUCUCUGCUGUCUCUACCCAAUGAUGUUAUCAUGAAGAUGAGUGACCUGAUGGAGGAGGCUCACUACACAGAAGGUGACUCCAUCAUUGCACAAGGGGCCUCGGGGGACACCUUUUACAUCAUUAACAAAGGCCAGGUGGAAGUCACGGAAAGGAAGGCAGGAGAUGAAGAGCAGAUGCUCCUUUCCACGCUCUCAGAAGGGCAGUGGUUUGGAGAAAAAGCUUUGUGGGGAGAGGAUGUGAGGACGGUGAACGUGAUUGCAGCCAGUGAUGUUACGUGCCUCCACAUUAACAGAGAGACCUUCAGAGACCUGAUAUGUGGCAGUCAGGACAUACAAGAAAACAUCUCACACACUGACGAGUCAGAGGUCAAGGAUGCCGCGUCCCUCUCGUCCUCCACCUUGUCGGAUUUCCACAUAAUCAGCUCCCUGGGAAGCGGGGAGUUUGGUCACGUAGACCUGGUGCAGCUGAAGAGCGACGUCAAGAUUUGCUACGCCAUGAGGGUCCUCAAGAAGACCGCUCUCCUUCAUCGUGGUCUGCAAGAGCAUGCUCUGGCAGAACGCAACAUCCUGAUGGAGGCUCGUUGUCCAUUCCUAGUCAGGUUGCUGAAAACCUUUCGAGAUGCUGAGUUCCUCUACAUGCUUACCGAGGCUUGUCUCCAUGGCGAUGUGUACAGCCUGCUCAGAGAGAAAGGACGUCUGGACGAGAGCAGCGCCAAGUUCUACACGGCUUGUGUGACGCAGGCCUUGGCCUUUCUUCACAGUCAAAAUGUGGUCUAUAGAGACAUCAAGCCUGAGAAUGUGUUGGUGGACGAGCGCGGUUAUGCCAAACUGGUGGGCUCCAGAAGUUUGAAGAAGGUGGAAGUGGGUAAGAAGACGUACACUUUCUGUGGUAGUCCAGGCUACAUGGCCCCUGAAGUCAUCCUGAAGAAAGGUCACAGUGUGUCAGCAGACUUCUGGUCCUUGGGCAUUUUGCUGUUUGAACUCCUGACUGGCAGGCUUCCGUUCAGUGGCGCUGAGCCGAUGAGGAUUCUGAGCGAGACUAUGCACGGCAUCGAUCACGUGGACUUCCCUAAAGCAAUCAGCAAGAGUGCCUGUGUCCUCAUAAAGAAACUCUGCAGGCACAAUCCCUCAGAGAGGCUCGGCAGUCUGAGAAACGGGGCCAAGGACAUCCAGAAGCACAAGUGGUUUGAAGGAUUCGACUGGGAUGGACUCAGUAGAGGAACACUAAAUCCACCACUUCCCCCCAAUGUGAAAGAGGCUUUACACAGCAGCAGUGCGUGUGGGGACUAUGCAGGAGGCGCAGCAGAAAUGUGCACAAUAUGGCAAGACUUCUGAUGGACUGCCGCCACAAUGUUUUAUGCUUUUAGCAGAUAUUGUUAGCAUCUCUCGUCGGCGGAGGUGCUUUUUUUCUAAUGAAAAAAUAUAUGCUACUGCCGUGUAUGUCAUUAUAC